UCACGGCUGCAGCUGGUAGGACUGCGGUGAGCGCAGGAGAAGACGUGGUGCUGAGAGAUUUUAGUUAAUAACGAAGGUCUCAGCUUUGUGAAGCGUCCAGGUGAAAAGGGAGAGAAGCACGUGUGGUGCGUACAGGAGUUCUUCUGGAAGGCUACGAGACGCUGAGAAGCCUUCUCCUGAUGUUGUAUGGCUAACACGUUAUGAACGUGGUGCUUUUGCCGUGCGGUGUGCCCACAGCCCUGCCGCAGAGCCCGUUGCAGCAGGCAGAGAUAAAUGACAGCGAGGGUCACCCAAGCAGCAGCCGCCAGAGCUUGAAAGGAACCUCAGAAUGGGCUACAUCGCUGGAGAACCUCCUUGAAGAUCCAGAAGGAGUUAAACGAUUUAGGGAGUUCUUAAAGAAAGAAUUCAGCGAAGAAAAUGUUUUGUUCUGGUUAGCAUGUGAAGAAUUUAAGAAAACACAGGGAAAAAAACAGAUGAGAGAGAAAGCUAAAGAAAUAUACAUGACUUUCCUGUCAAGUAAAGCUUCAUCACAAGUCAAUGUUGAAGGGCAGUCACGUUUGAAUGAGACGAUUUUGGAGACACCUCACCCUCUAAUGUUUCAGAAGCUGCAGGAUCAGAUAUUCAAUCUCAUGAAAUACGACAGCUACAGCCGCUUCUUAAAGUCAGACAUAUUCCUAAACCAUAAGAAGUCUGAGGAGCAAGAGGAGAAUUCAUCAGAAGCUCAGACUGCAGCUAAGAGAGCAUCAAGAAUUUACAACACAUGAUUCAAUGGAUCUUAUUAGGAGAGGCAAUAUAAUAAUUAAAUUACACUCAGGAACAGUCUAGGUUUAUAGCAGUUGUAUUUAGGGCUUGAAAAGUUUCAAAACCUUUUUAGGAGAUACUUACUUUCUUAAUUGCUUGAAUGACUAAUUGUUUUUGCAAGACAGCAAGUAACCAAGCACCUAUUGAAAGACUGUUUCCUAGCUAAAAGGCUGAGCUAUUCCUCCACAGUAUGAAUUGCAUUUAAUAGUUCAUAAGUUGAGCUUUCAAUUUCUCUUUUGUAUGUGUAUGUGUGUGUGUGUGUGUGUGUGUGUGUGUGUGUGUGUGUGUGUGUGGAGCAUCAUCAUGCAAAGAAAUGGGAGAUAGGAUCUUUUGUCAUGUAUGAGUUUGUUGUUGUUGUUUUUAAAUGUUUGUCUUCUGUUUUUUUAUUUGUGCCUGGCUUUUACUUUCCACAUUGUUGGGAGCAACUGUUGAGGAGUAUGUUUUAAGUUAUUUUGUGGAUGAAUCAUUCAUAGGAAACCAAAAUUGAGGAACAGCAUCUUUCAGGGUUAUGAUCAAUAGAAUCCAAUCUCACUCCUCUCUUAAAAUGUCACUUUUUCUUUAAAAGUGCUUUGCCUUUAUUUAUGAAUUGAAACAUUUUCCUGGUCAUGAUUUUCAUUUCUGUUUUUCUUAAAUUUCUACACUGUUUUUACUGUAGACAAUCACCUUCUUCACAGAAUGGAACCUAUGCUACCUUUGGAACCAAAGUUCUUAAAUAGAUGGAUUCUCUGAGAAACUCCUAACAGCCAUUGGGAAAUUUGACAGUUGAAAUCCCACUUCGGAUACGCUCAAUUCAGCACGUCCUGCAUGUCAGUUCAGUUGUGUCACAUCAGUGUCAGGUGCCAGUACUAGAAAGCAGGUGUGUUUCCUAGGUCAUCUCAGUCCUGCAGUGUGACAAGAGUCAUUCUUCAGAGGGCCAGCCAACAAAGUCUGACUUGGUUUUAUUAAAAUCUUUCUACUAAAGUCAACUUGCCAAUGUUACUAAAUUGCAGUUAAAAUUGGAAAAGCAGAAAUAGCUACAAGCUUUAUUUAUCAGUGUAAAUGUAUAAGACUAUCUCUGUUUCACAUUCAUUAUUUACUCUUUCAUUUUUUUGCACUGCUGAUCUUGAUCUUCUGUUUAUGUGUUGGCUAGUCAGAUUGCACAGUUAGGUUUUCAUAUAGUUUUGUGUUAUUUUUUUCCUUGGGAAGAUCAGAUAUGUCAUACAUUGCUGUCACUAUCAGUGUUUUUAAAACUAGGUUUGGGCUGUAGAUUUUGAGGAUACAGAUUCUUUUUGUGGACUUGAUUAUGACUUCGCUUAAUUCUGUUCCAUUUUUUUGAAGGUUAUGUGUAAAAAAAAAAA